AAUUUGGCCCGUCAACUACAUUCAGUAAACCUAUUUUCCGAUCACACUGUUGUGCAAAAGUGAUGGGACAACUUUAUAGAUGUGUAAACAAACCGAAACGUACGCUCCUCCCCAACGAUCCAUCUGAAUGGACCUAAAUUGUGCUAAUUGUUUGCGGUUUGUAAGGAUACCACUCUAUAAGUUCUUUCAUUGAAACCAACAGUGCAAAUCCAAUUGUUCGCCACUGAGCUCUCUAUGACCAACUUACUGCCAGUCAAUUUGCUGUAAAUUCAGUACUGUUUUCAGAUAGCACGGAUUAAUAGCAACUUUGUAUUAGACACUUUAACCUAACACUUCGACUAAAUGAUCAACGGAUGUCAGAAAUGUGCAGAAUGGUCAAUGAGUUUCAUUCUCAUUUGGAUUUCUCCAAUAUCGCUCUGACGAAUAACUGUGCGCACAUUUCCGAUAACGCGUUACACUCGCCACAUUAAUUAUUAAAGUGGUUUCGUGGUUUGUGAUUGGCUAUUACAGUUUAUGACGAUAUAACUUGCCAGUAUCAAAUGUCUACAUUUUCAAUUUAGUAGGCCUAUCAUAUAUAUUUUGAUUUGAAAGAAGCCUACUUCAAAGUUCAAUACGUUUGCGGCUAGACUUCAGUCUCAAUCGCGUUUGAAAUAUCCUGAGGACAACACCGUUGGUCAAGAAACUGCAGCGAUUUAGUCAUUCAACGUUUAAUUCUCGAAGAUUUCCUAGCGGCAUUGGUCAGUUCGUGACAGCAACUAAUCAGGGAAUGUAGCUUGCGCCAUUACUGCGCAACGUGUACUUAGUCAUUUGGUACAUUUACGCAACGAGAUACCAGUAUGUCUCUUGAAAGGGUGAGAAACAAACCGACGUUAUCGUUUUCAAUUGAUCGUAUCAUCAAUGGAGAAACGAAAAAAUGCAGUGAAAUCAAGUCCAACUCUCUAUCGAAUUUAUUGACGAGAAACCAGACGACGAAUACCAGCCCUUUCGGACCAGGAAUAAAUGGUUCGAAUGGUGUUUAUCGCGGCGAUUAUUGUGCUGCAGGCGAUUUCACUCACCUAGGCUCGGCGAAUCGUAUGGGUUUUGGCUCAUGUCCACUACCUGUCUUUGUAAGUGGAAAGACUCGGUCAGUAGUAAAACCGCUUGCGUUACAUUUUGGACUCGGGCACCAGACUAGAAAGUUUCAAAACGCAGAAAUUUCGUUGAAAAUGAAGAUGCCUUACAACGAUCUAAGAUUUGCUACUAUGCAACAUUUGAAUUCGUUUCCGUUACAAGAAACGCCCACUCCGAAGUAUUUUCCAGAAUCGCCAUCUUCGUCUACAUUACCAAGUCUUUCUGAAGUAGCAAAUACAUAUGAAGAGAAAAAUUUAAUACGAAAAAGAGUCAUAGAAGAAAGAAAAGAAAAGGAGCAAAAGCAGGAAAAGAAAUCAAAACAUUUUCCAUGUCCAGAUUGUGGCAAAGUAUUUAACGCGCAUUAUAAUUUGACCAGACACAUGCCCGUACAUACCGGAGCUAGACCGUUUAUUUGUAAAACGUGCGGCAAAGGAUUUCGACAAGCCAGUACUUUGUGUCGGCACAAGAUAAUUCACACGAACGAAAAACCCCACAAGUGUCGUAUAUGUUCGAAAGCAUUUAAUAGAAGCUCAACAUUAAACACCCACAUGCGAAUUCAUGCUAAUUAUAAACCAUUUGUUUGCGAGUUUUGUGGCAAAGGUUUUCAUCAGAAAGGCAACUACAAGAAUCACAAACUUACACAUAGCGGUGAGAAGGCUUACAAGUGUAGUGUUUGCAAGAAAGCGUUCCAUCAGGCCUACAAUCUAACAUUUCAUAUGCAUACACAUAACGAAAAGAAACCAUUUACUUGUACUAUUUGCAACAAGGGAUUUUGUCGAAAUUUUGAUCUAAAAAAACACAUAAGAAAACUCCACGAAACAUCGUCCAUUGAAGAUAAUAAAAGUCACUGCUCCGAAUCGUUUAUUAUUCAAACAGAAGAGUCUUGUGAGAUUUUGUAAAAAUAAAUAAUAAACACAGCGAUGAAAUGACAAAUACGGCAAAUGCUUUCAAGUAAGCAUAGGCCUAUCUUUGUUUUCUUAAAAGAGAAAAGAACAAUAAAUCUAUAAUUUUGGUAAGUUAUGUCUAUCUAAAUUCUGCCAUAGAAACAUAAUAUGUUUAUUUGAUAGUUUAUUUAAUAUAUAGUUCAAAUAUUUAACGAAUACAAUCAAAAAUAAUAUUUAUUGUAUAAAUGUAUACAUUUUCUAAGGGAUUAAUAAUACAUAUGAUUAAUUAUAUAUUUGAGGUGUAACUUCUAUAGCACUCCAGAAUGUGAAUUCUUUUCUUUUCCUCCACUGAGCGCUUCAUUUCUAGCCCGUAACCCAGAGUAGUUCUUAGCCUUGUUUUGGGCGAUUUCCCGUUUAAAAAAAAGCAUAUAAGUCUAUUCACCAACUAGAAAGCGUAAAAUGACUCUUAUCAAUUUAUUUAAAUCCAUAACAUAUAAUAUUUCAAUCCAUAAAAAGUGUUUUUCGCGGUACUGUAUAAUCUUUCCUGCUAUCGUAUCAUCGAAUCGUAUGGAAGAAUAAAAAAUAACGAUAUGUAUAAUGUGAUCACUCUAUACACAAACAUACAAACUAGCUAAGUUUGUUCUUUUUUAUGUUGAAAAGACACAUUUUUGUUUACAUUGUGAGAAUUCAAAUACUUCUAACCAAGCUACAAAUCGUGGAUCAUAUUUAAAUCUCAAAUUGACCGUACUAAAUAAUUACCGGUAUCUAUCUGAAUGAAUUGAUUGCAAAUUUAAAGUUGUUUUUUUUUUGCUUUUAUUCAUAAUACAACCGCAUUAAUCUACAAAAAUAUUUCGUUACAUUUUUUUAUUCUCUCUACCCCCCCCCCCUUCUCUCUCUCUCUCUCUCUCUCUCUCCUAUUUGUGAACUUAUUUCAUAAUUGAAGGCUUCGGUACCAGUACCUCAGUAUUUUCAGCAAAGUGCUGUACCGGUUUGUACAGAAGUUAGUCAUUUUUUAAUUUUAUUAAGUUAAAAAUUUAUUUAGACAAUAAACCCACUUUAAAUAUAACGGAUAUUUUGUUACAUCCCGUGUAUUUGUUAUAUCAAAGAAUUACAAAAUAUAUAGAAAAAUGCUCAUUUGGUGUACUUAAUAGGCCUAUUGUUUUUUAACAUUGAUUUGAGAAAUAUUAAUGUUAAGCUUAAAUGCCAUUGAUAUUUCGUUACAUUUCGUUAUUAUUAUUAUUACUGGUAGGCCUAUAUCAACGAAUUACUUCCAAGUUAACAAGCAUUAGUAAAUAAAAAUGCCCUAUUGAUGUACAUGAUGUUUUUUAACAUUAAUUUGAGAAAAAAUUAUGUUAACAUUGAAUAUGAUAUUUUUCUAAGUAAAAUAAUAUUUCAACUUCAAUCUACAAUUUCUGUUUCACUACUAAGUGUAAUUAUGUAAAUAAGGUUAUGUUUUCAUGAUUGUGAAGUAGCGAUCUUUAGUAAACUAAUUUAUGAUAAAUUAUUAUAAAAAGCAAAUUGUAUUUCUUGCGAAAGUAUAAUAUAAUAAAUUAAUUUUUAAAAAAUGUACAUUAUGAGGUAAUAUCGUGUUUAAUAUUGUAUGACGAAUACAAAACGUUAGUUACAAUAGUUAUGCCAUGUUUGUUAUAUAUAUAUAUAUUCUCGAAAAUAUUUUAUUUAAUCACAAUCUAUUAGACUUUCAAAUUCGGCCUAAUUUGUUUAAUGAAAAAAUCUUCCGGGAGAUUUUAAAAUUUUUAAAAUUAUUUUAAUUGAUGCUUUUCUAAUGGAAUAAAAAUAUGCUAAUACUUGUUUUAUGUUCGUGUAAUAAUCAGCCGAUAUCUUGGUUUUUGUUUGAAAAUUUGAAAUCAAACAAUUUUAAAUGAUAUUCAAUUUUUAAAAAGUCGUUGUUUGUAUGUGAUUUGUAGAAAACAAUUUUUGCUUCCAAUGCAAAUAAUUGUUCAUGAAAUCUGGAAUGGAGAGAAUUGUUCUUUUUAAUUCAUUUACAGAAAUAGAGUAUCAAGUAAGGCGGCAUAGAUUGCAAGUAAUUUAUGUAUAUUAUCAUGUGACUGCUAUUUAUUUAUCUUUGCUGUAAUAUAAUCUAUAGUCUUAAAUUUUUAUGCUUAAUAUGGUACAGAAGGAUUUUGUGUGGGGGGGGAUGGAAGAGUUGAUAUUCAUUAUUCAUUUCAGCUUUCGAUUCUGUCUACGGCAACAAAAAAAAAAAAAAUUAUUUAGAUCCAAAAAAUCGAGAAAUACGUAAAGCGUGUAUGGGUAAAUUUAUUCAUCUUAAUAACGAUCAUCACACGAUCAAAAAUAUAAGCAAUUUUUAAUAAUGUAUAAAUGAUAUCAAUUUAGGCAAAAAAUGAGAUUUGUUCAAAUAUUAAUCAUAUAAUUCUAGACAGAUAUCUUGUUGAUUAUCUUCUAGUUUCUCGUGUAAAAUGCUAAGUAGUAUUUUAAUAGAUGUACACUGUAAACAAAUGUUGUCGCUGAAAGCGUCUUAAUCUGUUGUGUAUUUGUAUGCAGAAUAUAAUAAAAUAUAGUUUUUUUGUGAA